AUGCCUGGAGCCAUGAGAAUCUUUUUCUUAAUUUUUGCUGCCCUCAUUCUUGCUCAAAUAUUCUCAGUCAGAGGAGGAGUUGGAAGGCAACUACGUUGUCUGAAAUUGGACGGUCGCUGUGAAGUCGAAUGCCUUUCCUUCGAAGUUCAGAUUGGGGGCUGCAGAGCUGAACUGACACCACUUUGCUGCAAAAAGAGGAAAAAUCACUAA